CGCCAACGCACAAAUUUAUAUCUAAAUAUAUAUGGGGUCAUAAAUGAGACCUACAGUCUGCAGACGCUCAUUAUAGUUUCUACAAAGACACUACGAAUAGUUACACUUUAUUUGUAUACCUUGUUUAUAUUAUCCAACUGACGCGAAGUUGCCUCUCAUCGCUAUACGCAUAACUUCUAAAUAGAAUGAGUCAAGUCACGAGUACUCUGCGGUCGACCUUACGAGAAAUCAACAGACAGAAUGCCCCCCAGCAUGCAGCACCACUUCGCCGCUAUCUGGUAGACUUAUAUCGCAACAAUGCUACCGUUGACGGCGACAAACUGCGAGAGGUCAGAGUGGACGCACUCGAUUAUCUGGCUAUGUUGAGAAACCAUAACGAAUACAAGAGGCUCUUCGAGUUAUACUACCCGAGCGACAGCACCGAGAAUAAGAAGAUAGUGCAGAGUGCUGCCAAACGAGUUGGAUUGCAGGCUCCAAUUGAGUAUGAUCCUGAGAAUCCCACUGCCAAUGAUCCUAACGUAUAUAACGCUGCACGUAGAUCACAUAAGGCAGAUCAGGACAGUGCAGCUACUUUGGAACCGUUAAGAGACCCAAAAUAAAUCUACGUACUUUGUAGGUUUCUGGAUUUUGAUCUUGGGCAUUUGUUUUGAUUCCUGCCUUGUAUGAUUAACCCUGA